AUGCCUCCUUUCGGUUGGAGCCGGAUGCUGUUAGCAGUAGACUUCACAAUUAUUGUACUCUCAACAUCACUGGCUAUUAUGAGUUCUACGGUCGAAUGGCGUAAGGGUAGCGCAUUACUUUCCGGUGAAGAAUAUGGUAAAGGCUCUGGGUUCGAAUCCCAGUUCGAUCGUUGCUUUUGCUCUCCGCUGCAUGACUCCCCGAGUGCUGAGGGUGGAUCCGAAUUUUUACCCAUAUCGAAUGAAGUCACCAAGGGUGAGCCCGCGGGGCAAGCAGGGGAGAACUGGGUGCAGACGCCGAGGAGGGUGGAGCACACCGUCCAAGAUCCCAGGGAGGUCGGAAGGUGA